GAGCUUAAGAUAUCUUAAGCCUAAAAUUUGUUAGACUAAUCCAACUUUCAAAACUUCGCAUUUCAAGCAUAGAACUUCAUAGACUCUCCAAACUUAAAAAAGAAACUCAAACUUAACAAUUCUAAAUCCAACUAUGCUCAGCUUAUGGAAGCCAUGGAAAUUCCUCUCCUCAAAAACUUUCUCUGCGUUUGAAACCCUUCAAUUCCUCUCAUUGUCUUCUUCAUCUCUUCAAAUCAAAUCACUCUCUCCCUCCGCCGCAUCCGAAUCUCUCCGCCGCUCUCCGCCGCGCCUCGUGAUCUCUCAGGUAAUCAAAUACGCCACCACCCACAAAGCCGCCCAGCAAUUUCGUUCCUUCAUCAUCACCUCCGGUCUACUUCUCCACGCCACCGCCCAUUUCAUCCUUCUCUGCAACACAUUGCUCCGUUGCUACCCUCUCUUCGAGCCCCUCCGCCGUUUCCCUUCCUUUCCCCCCUCCUACGACACCUUCGUCUACUCCUUCCUCCUCCAUUCUUGCGCCGAUUUGGAGCUCCUCCUUCCAGGGCUUCAGCUUCACGCUCUCACUCUCAAGGUAGGCUUUCGUUCCCAUGUUUAUGUCCAGACUUCAAUUGUCCGACUGUACGCUGCUUCUGGGUUUCUACUUGAUGCCCUGAAGGUGUUCGACGAAAUGCCUGACCGAAGCUCUGUCACUUGGAAUGUGUUGAUUACUGGUCUGGUAAAAUUGGGUGAGCUUGAACGGGCUCGUGCUGUGUUUGAUCGGAUGCCGGCGCGGACUGUUGUGUCUUGGACUGCUAUAAUUGAUGGGUAUACUCGUCUCAACAGGCACGAGGAAGCUGCGGGUUUGUUUUGGAGAAUGGUUGCUCAUUAUGGUAUGGAGCCUACUGAAAUAACACUUCUAACUAUUUUCCCUUCCAUUUCGAAUCUUGGGGCUCUUAAGAUUUGUCAAUCUGUGCAUGCUUAUGCAGAGAAGAAAGGGUUUAAGGCGUCUGAUGUACGGAUUACUAAUUCAUUGAUAGAUUGCUAUGCAAAAUGUGGUUGUAUUGAUAGUGCAUCGGGAGUGUUCGAAGAAAUGUCUGUCGAAAGAAAGAAUCUGGUGUCUUGGACGUCAAUAAUCUCGGGAUUCACGAUGCACGGAAUGGGAGCAGAAGCUAUGGAGAGUUUUGAAAUGAUGGAAAAAGAAGGCCACAAGGCCAACCGGGUCACAUUCUUGAGUAUUUUAAGUGGUUGCAGCCAUGGAGGACUGGUUGAGGAAGGUCUGGAGUUUUUCAAAAAGCUGGUUGUUGAGUAUCAGAUUGAGCCGGAUAUAAUGCAUUAUGGGAGUUUGAUAGACAUGUUGGGAAGGGCAGGGAGACUUGAAGAAGCUGAAGGAAUAGCGUCGGAGAUACCUAUGGAGAUUGCCAAUGUUGUUAUUUGGAGGACGCUGUUGGGUGCUUGUAGUUUUCAUGGUAACGUACUGAUGGCCGAGAGGGUAACACGGAGGAUAUUAUCCAUGGAGGGAGCAUAUGGAGGUGAUUAUGUGCUCAUGUCUAACAUUUUCGCCGCAGCUGGAAAAUAUGGUGAGGCAGAGAAAUGGAGAAGAAUGAUGGACUGCAGCAAUUCCACCAAAGUUCCAGGCCAGAGCCUUGUCUAGAGUUCAUCAGUAUUCGUUUGGAAAAGGGAAUUCUCUGAUAUACUUCAUCAAUACUCAUCCAAUUCCCUUUCUAAUUCAUUUCGGUUUUUUGUCGUUGUUCUUCCUGUGCAAAAGCUGGCUUUGACAAGGAAUUGUGACAUGAAUGAGGCUGUAUUGUGCAAUGUGGGAGUGAGGAGGGGAUUCUUGGACUUGAGAAAAUAUUGCUCCUAAUACAAUUCGCCUCUUAAUUGAUGAAGGUUCAACUUGAAUUAUGAAGGGGAUACACUGAAUCUGCUUCAGAUGAUCUGAUCUGAUCGACGUCGAUACCGUUGCAAAUGAGAAAGAGAUAUAGGCUCACCAAGUGAGAAACACCAAUGCAUAUCCUUAGUUCUGCCACUAGAAAACAUAAGAUAUUAGCCUCUCAAAUCUGAACACAUACAAAAAGAAGAGAGCUGUUUGCAGAUGGGUGAAUUAAUUGAAUCACUGAUGGCUCAAGUUAUUAGGUGAAGGAAAGAAGAUUAAAUUCUUGAAGAAUGCUUGAUUGGAUGGACUUUUUAAUACUUAAAAGAACCCUUCUUAUCCACAUGGUUCUGGUUCUCAUCCUAAGCUUGCCAAUGCCAAAUAUCACAAUCCAAGUCUGCACAAUAGACAUACAGUACAACCACAUCUUCUCCAGCAAGACAGACAAAGACCAUUAGGAAUUCUUGAACCCAACAACCUUAACCAACCACUUAAGGUCAAAUGUUUGAUCAAAUAAUCUCCUCCAGUUGUACGUGUUGCCACAGUUUUAGGCCUUCAUAUUCUACAAAGUUUGACACAGACAUAUAGACAGCACUGGUGGUCAUCAUCUGCAACUAUGGUUUAACGAGAACGAGAGCUUAAAACUGGUUGAGCAACCUCACCAUCUCUGAGAAAUGAGCUUUUCAGUGACUCCAAGAACAAGCAAACAUCUAUUUUCAAACCAGUGGUAGAUCAGGAAAAAAGACACCAAGCAGACUCCUAAGAUGACUACUAUAAGAACCAAAAAGGGUUUAUAUGUACCUGAAUGCGUUAAAAGCAACUACACUGACUUAUCAUCCUCUGCUGAAAUUCUUCCUAAUGGUGAUCACCAUUGCAGAUGAACUUAGAAAGGUAUGGCCA